UCUUGGUGGCUACUCUGGACCUUCUUGUUGGAUUUCCGUGUGAUCAUUUGUGAUCCAGCCUUCGUUGAAUUGUGAUCUUUUUCCGUUUUUCUCUCUGUUUAAAAAGAAUCUCCAUUUUAUUCGUCUAAAAAUGUUCCCUCCAAGUCAGGAUGAUAUUAAUAAACUUCGCGCUGUUAUUGAAUCUUGGGAUCUCUCUCGUCCUGAUCUUGUGGUUAAGAUCCUCGUUGAUAACUGCUUCUUACUCCAUGAGAUGCUUUUGAUUGAGGAACAGGACAUCGUGGAUCUCUUCCCAAGUCCUUAUGUGCAUGAUCGCGUGCAAUUCCGCGUUUGCAUCACUAAAUGGGCGAUGGAAGUUGAGACAGCUAAUCGUAUUCUCUCCCUCAACGAGGAACCCGAACCGGAAGUUGUGCAGAUUGCCGUUAAAAAUUGCUGCCAGGAUCGUCGUGAUGUCGUUAAAGACAAAGUCCAGGCUUAUCUCAAUGUCAUGAACUUCCCCGGAUUGCCAAAGUAAAUUCUCCUGAAAGAUUCCGGUAAAUUGUAUUGAAACGCCUAUCGCUGUUGUAAGUAAUAAAAGAACAUAAAAGAUCUCUAAAAAA